AUAUUAGGCAGGCAGGCACCACCAGUAAGCAAUGGCUGACUCACUGUUAGAGUCGUAUAAGUUUUUUUUUCCCUCUUCCUCAGUCAAAAAUCCUUCAUAUUAUAAAACCGAACCAGAACAGAAUCAAGAUCACUCGAUCUGUUUCUAUCAGUUAGAGACAGACUUCAAAACUCGGCAAACCUGAAAAUACUGCUACAGGCCAGAUCAGGGUCAAACUGCAUCACUUCAUAACCACCACCGCAAAAGCAUCGGGCGAAAUGAAACUAUGAUGGAUAGAACAUCUCUGGCAAGUCUUCCAGAUGAUAUUGUUCUAGAUAUUGUCGAGCAUCUCGACACAGCUCGUGACGUAGCUCACGUUUCCGCCUUGACGAAGCAUCUUCAAAGCCUCAUACGCCAAGAUGGUUGGCGUAUCUUCGUCAAGACUCGGUUCCCAUCCCUGCAAAUAGAUACAAAUUCAGAGACUCGCUGGGGUUCUGUUGCAGAUCGUGCAACGUACUUGGAUCGCUGCUGGGAGAAACGCGGUUUCUGGGUCAAUGUGUUGCAUGAAAAGAAGAAUCAGCCAGAAAGAUUCCAGCGUCGAGUUGCUGGAAGUCAGUCAGUGCUGUUCCAUUCUGUUCUCGAUGCGCGGCUAAUGUCUUCGCUGAACAACGAGGUUAUUGCUGCCGGCGUUGGUGAGAAUCUCAUGGUUUGCAUAAAACCUGUUGAUGGACAGCAAGAUGUCUGGUAUCAGAUUGGGGGCCACGAUCAUGGAUAUCGGGCGGGCACUGGGGACGUUACAACAACUUCUGUCACAGAGAAUGACGGGACACCCAAUAUUGUCGUCGGGAGGGCCAAUGGAGACAUCAGCAUACACUCUGGCAAAGACAAGUUUGCAACAAUCGCAAAACAGUUGAACCCAACGGACGAGGCACUUCUAAGCCAUGCUUCCGAUCCUAUAAGAAAAUCCCCAGGUCAAGUGGCAGUCUCAUCUCUACAGUGGCAUCACGAGACGAAUCUCCUGGUAAGCGGGAAGGGCUCGGUUUUGACUCUCUACAAUCUUGGUGUGUCAGAUGACCAAGUACUGAACCCUUUGGAUUACCAUGAAUUCUCCAAGGCCAGUCCCGCAGAUGAGGCGUCUCUCCUACGCAGCACCAAGUUCAUGGGCAAAGAUAUUAUGGCUUGCGCCUUGGGCGGAACUCGAAAUCCUCUGCGUUGGGGGCAGCUUACACCGACCGGCCUACAAUUCUUCAACGCUCAUAGUAACUCUAUGUACGUAGACGAUUCUUCGAGGCUGGUCAGUGGGGAAGUUAGUGAAAAGACCACAAUUCGAGCAAUCGAGCCAGUUAGAGGCGGAAGUGAAAAUCUUCUUUUGAGUGCAUGGGACGAUGGCACAUAUCGACUUGUAGAUAUCCGAACACCUUCGCCACAAGACGCGAUAUACCGUGAUCGCUUUCAACCCUACCAAGCAGGUAGUUCUCUGCUUGUGUAUGGUACAGAGCGUUUCGUAUCCGGCAGCAACACAGCACCGGAUAUCCGUCUAUUUGACUUCAGGUACCCGAAGCCAUAUCAUCACACAACUGCUCUUCCAUGCUCGCCACAAUGGCCGUUUCCCAGCCAGAAGGAUGACCACAUUAUGAAGCAAGGAUGGGCGCCAGAGCAUCAGCCACAGAAAUGCGAUCCUCAAAACGGGGUGUUGUGCUACUGGCAUGGAGCUUCAAGACGAAACUACUGGCGUCCCGAUGCCACCAUUCAUAUUGGCAGUCCCACAUAUGACAGGAUCUAUUGUCUAGCCAAGGCUUCUGAUCUUUCAGAUACCAUAUACUGUGGCGUUCGGGGUGCCAUUCUCGAGAUGAAUCUCCGUCUCACGGAGGACAUGGUGCAUAACCAUAACCAACGAACUACUCCCACAGAUUGGAGCAUGGGAAGACCUGGAGGCAAAAUCUCGCUGAUCGAGACGGGUGUGAGCCUCACCCAGACGAAGGAGUGGUCGCUUGAUAAUCGCGGUGUGCCAGAGCUCAUCGUCCAGCAGCCUCGGCCUCGAAAACGAAUAGAAUUAUCAGAUGAUGAAAAGAGACACCGUUUGGACUGUGCGUUUCAUAGAUCCUAGGAUUUCGAAGACGCGGUCGCAUAGAAUUAGAGAGAGCAUACACAUUCAUGGAGGAGGCGCAGUUUAUAAAAUCGCUUGCAAUUAUUUCUUCAGUAAACACAAACAGCACAUCGUCGUACAGGUUCUAAACAAAAUGUCGCAGGUCAAGUAUCGUCUGGCUCUAUAACUUUGACUCGGGCACCAGGAGCGCGAGUCUCUCUUUCAACGCCGUCUCGGCCUC